AUGGGGAACCAGCAAUCAUCACAGCAGGGAGGCGGUCCUGGUCAAGGAGGGAAGGACGACAAGGAUAAGAAGAAGGAUAAGCCCAAGUAUGAACCUCCUCCACAACCCACUACCAGAAUCGGCCGCAAGAAACGCAAGCAAGCAGGCCCGAGUGCUGCCGCAAAAUUGCCCACCAUUUACCCAACAGCCCGCUGCAAACUACGAUAUCUCCGAAUGCAAAGGGUCCACGAUCACCUUUUGCUGGAAGAAGAGUAUGUCGAAAACCAGGAACAGAUCCGGAAAACGAAAGCUGCGCAGACACAAGCUCCCGCUGCUGCGACAGAGGGCGAGCCCCUAGAUCGCAACUCUGAUGAGAGAAGUAAGGUCGACGAUAUGCGAGGUAGCCCGAUGGGAGUCGGUAAUCUGGAAGAACUGAUUGACGACGAUCACGCCAUUGUUUCCUCCGCCACCGGUCCCGAGUAUUACGUCUCCAUCAUGUCCUUCGUUGACAAGGAUCUUCUUGAGCCCGGCGCUUCCAUCCUGCUUCAUCACAAAUCGGUUUCCGUCGUUGGUGUGCUUACAGACGAUGCCGAUCCCUUGGUGUCCGUGAUGAAACUGGACAAAGCACCCACAGAAUCUUACGCUGAUAUUGGUGGAUUGGAAUCCCAAAUACAAGAGGUGCGGGAAGCUGUCGAGCUCCCCUUACUACAUCCGGAAUUGUAUGAAGAGAUGGGUAUAAAACCUCCUAAAGGUGUCAUUCUCUACGGAGCUCCUGGAACAGGCAAGACACUCCUGGCCAAAGCCGUGGCCAACCAAACAUCUGCCACCUUCCUUCGCAUCGUCGGCUCUGAGUUGAUUCAAAAAUACCUCGGUGAUGGUCCCCGUCUGGUGCGCCAAUUGUUCCAAGUCGCUGCCGAAAACGCCCCCUCGAUUGUCUUCAUUGACGAAAUCGAUGCCAUCGGCACGAAACGCUAUGAAUCAACAUCCGGAGGUGAACGAGAAAUCCAGCGCACAAUGUUGGAGUUGCUGAAUCAACUCGAUGGGUUUGACGAUCGCGGCGACGUGAAGGUGAUCAUGGCGACCAACAAGAUUGAAACAUUGGACCCGGCCUUGAUCCGUCCCGGACGUAUUGACCGAAAAAUUCUCUUUGAGAACCCCGACACCGCCACCAAGAAAAAGAUCUUCACACUUCACACCAGCAAAAUGUCACUUGCCGAAGACGUCGACCUCGACGAGUUCAUUGCCCAGAAAGAUGACCUCAGUGGGGCGGAUAUCAAGGCAAUCUGUUCCGAAGCUGGGCUGCGGGCGUUGAGAGAGAGGAGAAUGAGAGUCAACAUGGCGGAUUUCAGGAGUGCGAGGGACAGUGUGAUGAAGACGAAGAACGAGGGAGAGCCAGAGGGUCUAUAUUUGUAA